AUGGGUUUGAUGGAGGAAAUUGUGGAAAGAGUUGCUCGCAUUGAGAAGGAACUAAUGGAGGCUCCUGGGUGGAACAUUGCAAGUGGAGCAUCCAGUAAAGGAAUGGAGGAAGUUGUCUUACAAGAGAAGAAAUACAAAGCUCAAAUGAUGACUAAGAUGGACAAAGUUGCAAAUCGACUAAAUCGCAUGGAAGGACAACUGAGAAGUACUAUAGCGGAGAAGGGAGACAAAGGUGUGGUAGACGAAGUGUCAACUCGAGUACAUCAGAUAGAAAGAAAAAUUGAUGAAAAUACUCCACAAGAAAAGAGAUUCAAAGGCUUGCUCAUGAGCGUAUUGGAUGGAAUUGCCACACGAGUAGAGCGCAUAGAAAAUGAAAUGAAGGACGCUACAUUAGAAACAAGAGAAAACGUUCCGCUAACGGGAAAAGAAAUGACUGCAUAUCGACUGAAGCGCAUGCAAAUGAUCUCGGGAGAUGUUUCGAUUGUGCUGGACGAGAUUGCAAAUCGAGUAGAGCGUAUCGAAAAGGAAAUAAGGGCUGUUUUACUAGAGAAGGAAGACAAACGUGCGGUAAACAAGAUUGCAAAUCGACUGGAGCGCAUAGAGACUGAAAUGAGUGAUGCUCAACUGAAGAUAGAAAACAGAGCUUCACUGGCUGUCAUGCUAGAUGAGACUGCAAAUCGUUUAGAGCGCAUAGAAAAAGAAAUGAAGUCUGUCCUUUUGAAGAAGGGAGACAAAGUAUUCCUAAAAAGCUAUCACAAGAGCGAUAUUAUGCCUUCUCCAUUUCAGAGCGCGGUGGACGAGGUUGCGUAUCACGUAGAGCGUAUGGAAAAGGAAAUGAUGGGUGUGACAGAAGCGGUUGCAAACCGGGUAGAACGCUUAGAAACUGAAGUAAGACAUAAUCUUAUGAAGAAGACAGAAAAAGCAAAACUGACGAACGAAUUAGACGAGGUCGCGCAACGAGUAGAGCACAUCGAGAGGGAAUUAAGAGUCACUACACUGGAGAAAGGAGACAAAGUAUUGCUUUCAGCAAAAUACAUGUUUUUGGGUGAAGUGGAUUUUGAAGAACUACGAUUUUUGGAGAGUUUCAAACGCUGA